AUGCACACUCCGCAUGAUGUUGCCGACAAAGAUGCACUGGAAGUUCCCUUUUCAUGUGGUGUCAGCAAUCUCUUUGAUGCAGGAACUCCUUGUAAAACAGGUGGCGAGUUGCAGACUCGUCAUCUGCGCAAUGAUCUGUUAUCGUUUCAUCCAGAUCAAGCUUUGGCAAUGGAUGAUAGACAUAAUUUCGUCCCCAGCCAUGGGUAUGUGGAAUACAGGAAUCCUAACCCUGAUGUGACGGGUGUGUUUCAGCAUAACAAGGAACCCGGUCUAUAUACAUCUGCUGCAUCUUCGCCUCCCCGGAGCACAUACAAGAACGAAUCGUCAUCACCGUGCGGAGUUCUCAAUUAUGGGUUGAAUAGUCUCAGAGGAUCCAUGCAGAAACAGGACUCCCAUCUGGAUUCGAUGCCCUUCUCAGGACAAGGAAGCGUUGCGAUGGGUUACCAUUGCCAGUGGCCAAACCAUCCUCAGAUCUUUAACAUCCAAGCUUCAGAUUAUCACGUCCCUCUCUCAUCCUCAUCACCACUGAGGCUUGGCCAACACGAAAACAUGCCACAAUUAGCUGAGCAGAACGUUGGUGUGCAGGAUAGCCACGUCGACUGGGAAUCUACAUAUGAACAUCCUGCUAUGAUAAACCACUCACAGUCUAUGUCUAUGUCAACACAUUGUACAGGUCAAAGGAUGAGGAACGUUUGCCUUGAUCACCGGACGUCAGUAAUCUCAACAAGUCCGAGCCACUCCCCACCCAACCAUCACAUUCUGCGCUCACAACAAUCAGACCCGACGUCCAUGUCCUCUUGGAAUACUGAACCCAUUGAUUCGCCCGCCUUGAGCUACCCCACGGUAGACCUUCCUGGCCCUGUUACCCAAGCUUGGUGGCCAACAUCGGAAGUUACCAGUACUUACCAACCCAUGGUCAUAGCCCCAACACCGCAAAAGCCUCAAGCCCACCAGAGCCACAUAUUAGAAAGUAACAACAUGAUGAUGCAUUUAAAACAAUCCCCCGAGAUGGGAUCUUCGGGGGAACCACCGCUUUCCUCCUCCGCAUUAUCCUGCCCAGAACUUAUGGGUCGGUCAUCAUGUACACCACUUGCACCCGCACCAAUUCCCAUUUCGCGAACAUCACCAUUUGAGGACCUAAACCAAAGACAAUACGUGCCGAUAUCCCACAGCCUGUCGCUGUCUCCAGCCAACAUGAUGUCAGCAAGCCUGACACUCCGAUCCUCAUCCACCAACUUAAUCCACGGGUUGUCGAGGUCGGAGCCGCAAAUAUAUCCGCACACCCAACGUCAGCGAAGGGGUCACAUCCGCAAAGUUUCCAGUCUCUCCACGAAUUCUUUAAGGGGCAUUAAAGGGGCACAUAUCACCCCAACCAACACCUACCACCCAGCUGCGAAACCUCCAAUGAUUGUCUCUUUUGUGAACUACACCCCCGAGGAUAGUCAGAAACUUUUAACUGGAGUGGCGCCCAGCGGAAGUUCGAAGACCAAAGCUAGGAGAGAACAAGAGGCGCGCGAUAAAAGAAGAAAGCUCAGCGAGGCAGCUUUACUAGCAGUUCUGAGAGCUGGCGGGGAUGUUGGAGCACUUGAAGCGGUUUUCAGCUAA